UUGCUUGCUGAAGCUCCAGUCACAGCUCUUGUUGCGUACUUUGCGUGUCUGUUCAUCCUCCAGUCGUUUUCAUUGAGUAAACUGGGGUGAAAGUGCACAGGGAACCAGCCACUUGCUAGCUUUGCAGUCUUGUUAUCCUCGGUCCUGCAAAAGUAACCAACUGUCAAGUUGCACCAUGUCUGCUCAAGUUAUUAGCGGUAAAGAAGUUUCUGCGCUGGUGAGGGAGAGGCUGAAGAAAGAGGUAGAGGCCAUGAAGACCCAUGAUCCCAACUUCAGACCCGGGCUGGUCGUCUUACAGGUUGGAGACCGUGAUGAUUCCAAUCUGUACAUCAAUAUGAAGCUGAAGGCAGCCGCUGAGAUUGGAAUAAAUGCAACACACUUGAGGCUUCCCAAGACCGCUACAGAGGACGAGGUUUUACACAGUGUCAGAGAGGUCAACGAGAACUCCAGCAUCCAUGGACUCAUAGUGCAGCUGCCUUUGGACUCGAACAACAAGAUCGACACGGAGAAAGUGACCAAUGCCGUAGCUCCUGAGAAAGAUGUGGAUGGGUUGACCAGUAUAAAUGCUGGGAAGCUCUCACGGGGUGACCUUGGUGACUGCUUCCUGCCUUGCACUCCCAAUGGCUGCAUGGAGCUGAUCAAACAGACAGGUGUGUCGGUUGCAGGAAAGCGUGCAGUGGUGGUCGGACGCAGUAAGAUUGUUGGCGCUCCCAUGCACGACCUCUUGCUUUGGAAUCACGCCACUGUCACCACCUGCCACUCCAAAACCGCUGACCUGGCUGCAGAAAUAGGGAGGGCAGACAUACUGGUGACUGGCAUUGGGAAACCAGAGAUAGUAAAAGGGGAUUGGAUCAAGGAGGGAGCCGUGGUUAUUGACUGUGGCAUCAAUCACAUCCCAGACAGCACUAAAGCCAGUGGGAAGCGUGUUGUGGGGGAUGUUGAGUACAGCUCGGCUAAGCAGCGAGCAUCCUUCAUCACGCCUGUGCCUGGAGGUGUGGGGCCCAUGACCGUGGCUAUGCUUAUGCAGAAUACAGUGGUUAGUGCCAAGCGUUUCCUUGAUGCCCACAAGCCUGGGAAGUGGAAUAUCUCCUACACCAAUCUCAACCUGCAGAAGCCCGUGCCAAGUGACAUUGUGAUCUCGCGCUCCUGCGUGCCCAAGCCCAUUGACACACUGGCUAAGGAGAUCGGCCUGCUGACGGAUGAGGUGGAGCUCUAUGGGAAGACCAAGGCCAAGAUCCAGCUGGAGACGAUCAAUCGCCUGCAGGCCCAGCCGGACGGGAAAUACGUGGUGGUCACUGGGAUCACCCCCACACCCCUGGGGGAGGGUAAGAGCACCACGACCAUAGGCCUGGUGCAGGCUCUCGGUGCUCACCUCAAACUCAACGUGUUCGCCUGCGUCAGACAGCCCUCCCAGGGUCCCACCUUUGGCAUUAAAGGGGGUGCUGCAGGGGGAGGCUACUCUCAGGUCAUUCCAAUGGAGGAGUUUAACCUCCAUCUCACCGGUGACAUCCACGCCAUCACUGCUGCCAACAACUUGGUGGCGGCGGCCAUCGAGGCGCGCAUGUUCCACGAAGCCACCCAGUCCGACAAUGCUCUGUAUAACCGGCUGGUGCCCUUGAGUGGUGGGCAGAGAAAGUUCUCCCCCAUCCAGAUAAACAGACUAAAGAAACUUGGCAUUGAGAAAACUGAUCCAACCACUUUGACUGAGGAGGAGAUCACUCGAUUCGCUCGGCUGGACAUGGAUCCCGAAUCUAUUACCUGGCAGAGAGUAUUGGACACCAAUGACCGCUUCCUGAGGAAGAUAACUGUUGGCGAGUCAGCGACGGAGAAAGGACACACCAGAUCAUGUCAGUUUGACAUCACGGUGGCCAGUGAGAUCAUGGCCGUGCUGGCUCUGACCAGCGGCCUGGAGGACAUGCGGCAGCGCCUGGCCAAAAUGGUGGUAGCCUCCAGCCGCAGCGGAGAGCCAGUCACCACAGAGGACCUGGGUGUCAGUGGAGCUUUGACUGUCCUCAUGAGGGAUGCCAUCAAGCCCAACCUCAUGCAGACGCUGGAGGGAACCCCUGUGUUUGUGCAUGCUGGACCCUUUGCCAACAUCGCCCAUGGAAACUCCUCCAUCUUGGCUGAUAAAAUUGCCUUGAAGCUGGUGGGACCACAGGGGUUUGUGGUGACAGAGGCAGGCUUUGGUGCUGACAUCGGCAUGGAAAAGUUCUUCAACAUCAAGUGCCGUCACUCAGGGUUACGGCCCCACGUCGUGGUUCUGGUGGCCACAGUCCGAGCCCUGAAGAUGCACGGAGGAGGCCCAAAGGUUACUGCCGGGAUGCCGCUCCCGAAAGAGUACUUGGAGGAGAACCUGGAGCUGUUGGAGAAGGGGUGCAGUAACAUGCUGAAACAGGUGGAGAACGCCAGAGCUUUUGGAGUUCCAGUUGUCGUGGCUGUGAACGCAUUCAAGACUGACACUGACGCUGAGCUGGACAUGAUCUGUAAACUGGCCAAGGAGGCCGGCGCCUUCGAUGCCGUGCGCUGCACUCACUGGGCAGAGGGGGGCGCUGGUGCAGUGGCUUUGGGAGAGGCGGUUCAGAAGGCAUCAGAAGCACCCAGUAACUUCAGGUUCCUGUACGACACAGAGCUGCCCAUUGUUGACAAGAUCCGGAUCAUUGCCCAGAAAAUAUACGGGGCGGAUGAUGUCGAGCUUCUUCCCGAGGCACAGCAGAAGGUGGAGCGCUAUACCAGACAGGGAUUUGGCAAUCUGCCCAUCUGUAUGGCCAAAACUCACCUGUCCCUGUCCCAUGACCCUGAGAAGAAGGGUGUGCCCAAAGGGUUUAUUCUACCUAUCAGAGAUAUCCGUGCCAGUGUAGGGGCGGGGUUCCUAUUCCCAUUGGUUGGCACGAUGCCAACUAUGCCAGGAUUGCCUACUCGUCCCUGCUUUUAUGACAUUGACCUUGACCCGGUGACUGGGGAGGUCAACGGACUCUUCUAAGAGACACGACUCAAGUAUCUUGAUGGUUGGUUGGACCCUUCUCCCUCUUGUCUUGAGGAAACGUGACGGAGUGAGUUGCUUAGUAGCUGGAAACAUUUCCCUCCCUCCCUCUCACCCACCCAUUUUAUGUCGAGGAUGUCAAUCAAUCUGUUUUGCUUUCUGUGUCUUUUGCGCUCGCUCUUUCUCUCUCUCUCUCUCUCUCUCUCUCUCUCUUAGUUUUCUUAUGGAGUAGAGACCAGACAUUGUAUUUAAUGUCGCCAUAUGGGAUUUUCUCAUCUGGGUUAAAUUCCCCUAUUUUUGAAAAACUGACAUUAAUGUCUGAAGAUUCAAACUGAACUUGUAGGUACCAUGAACUUCAGUCACUCAGUAACACUAAAUUUACCACGUGGAUUGUAUAUUUGAACAAAGUUCUAACUGUAUUUGUACUAAUGUUAAAUGCAUUUCACUGGAAUAAUCUAAACAACUGAUUUUGUACUGUGACAGAAUCUUUACUGCAGCCUUUGUCAUCCUUUGUAAUUCUAAGGUUAAAUUUGUAAUGUCUGUGUAGAAUAAAUAAAUAUUUCUUAUGAAUACUG